CAGUGGACCUCGUUCAGAGCUGCACGUCUGAUUUGGCUUGUCAAUCACACUGCAGUAGUUGCUUUAUGACACUAACAAUGAACAAAAUAGGCGCCUUUCGGAAAGCGGCUUUUCUCACAGAGCACUUUCUCUCUUUGAAAAACCGACCUGUGCCCAAGGCAUCACUAUCCACUGGACCACAGCAGCAGCAUGAAACCUUUUAUGAGUUCCGCACCUAUUCAAUCCACCCUCAUCUCAAUACUGCCUUCCUCAAACUGACCAAUGAGAAGAUCCACCUGCGGACUGCCCACUCAGAGCUUAUUGGCUUCUGGACUGUGGAAUAUGGGGGUCUCAAUCAGAUUUUCCACAUCUGGAAGUAUGACAGCUAUGCCCAGCGGGCAUCUGUGCGGGCAUCCCUUGCUCAGGACCCUUGCUGGAUUGAGCAGUUCUCAUCCAAAGUAUUGCCAAUGUUGAGCUCUCAGGAUAAUGAAAUCACAUACCUCGUGCCCUGGAGUAAAAUUCAGAAGCCACCUAAAGAGGGAGGAGUGUAUGAGCUGGCCACCUUCCAGAUGAAGCCGGGUGGCCCGGCAGUGUGGGGCGCAGCAUUCCAGGCGGCAGUGGGAACCCAUACAGGAUCAGGGUACACUCAUUCAGUGGGGGUUUUUCACUCUGAAAUUAGACUGCUCAAUCAAGUGCAUGUUUUAUGGUGGUAUGAGAGUGCAGACGAGCGAGCAGCAAUUCGGCGUAAAUCUCAUGGAGACGUCAGAGUGGUUGCAGCAGUAAGGGAAAGUGCUGCAUACCUGGUGUCACAGAAGAAUAAACUCAUGUACCCCUGUCCUUUCUCACCCAUCAAAUAGCCUGAAUCCUAGGUGAAAGUCCAAAAUGAAGAAAUGUGGAGUGAGGUUACAUUAAUGUAGUAAAAGAGAUCAAACAAUGAAGUUCCAGCUGCAUUUUGCAGAUGGAUGUGUUAGUUAUUGAAGAAAAUAUUUAGUUGUUAGUCAGUGAAACAUUGACACUUUGCAUCUUGUCAUUUAAGUAUCACUUUGUCACUUUAUUCAUGAUAUUUCUUAGGUUUUAUUCAUUAGGCCUGUAUUAUGUGUUGAGGGUAUUUAACUUGCCUAAAG